UAUGCCUAAUGACUCCUUUUUAAAGAUCUUAAAAAAAGGUCCUUUUUCAUUUCCAUUAGCAAAAACUUUAGCUGUUUCUCUAAUAAAAGUUUUAGGAACUCUUCAUAAGGCUGGAAUAGCUCAUUGUGAUAUAAAACCAGAAAAUAUUUUGAUUGCUGCUGAUUAUAAUUUAAAACUGUGUGAUUUUGGAUUUGCAAGAUUAUCAAAUUAAAAUUUAAGACCUGUUGGAGGAACUCCUGGUUAUACUGCACCUGAAUUAUAUGUAAAUUAAGCAAUGAAUUUAUUUAAAUGUGAUAUAUUUGCAUUAGGAGUAGUAUUAUUUAUAAUUGCUAUGGGAUUCCCACCAUUUUAAACAAAUGAUCCAAAUUCAAGAGAUGGUUGGUGGGCAUUAAUAUUUAAUAAACAAUUUGAUAUAUUUUGGAAUAAAUGCGAAAGUUUUAGAUAAUUACAAUUUUCUAAAGAAUUUAAGAAUUUAAUAAUGUCUAUGUUAGAAAGUGAUCCUGAUAGAAGGAUAUCCUUAGAUUAAUUAGUAGAACAUGAUUUCUUAAAGGAUGGUGCUUCUGAAGAGGAAGUCUUAAUGGAAAUAGAGAGGAGAGUUAGAUAUGAUUAACAGUAAUGA